AAAGCACGCUGCGUACCUAUAAAAGUGAACUGCGCGCCCAGAUUUAGCAACAGUUCUUUGCCGAAAGUGAAGCUCGUGAUAAGCUAGUGAAAAAUAGAAAAAAAGUGCAAAACCACGAUUAAAAUGGCCUUCAAGUUCGUCAUCCUGGCCGCCGCCCUGGUCGCGUGCGUUGCCGCCGCCGGCCCAGCCGCCUACUCGAUUGCCGCCCCCAGCGCUGACUACCACUCGGUCGGUGCCAGCCACGAGCACACCGUCAAGGGACUGUACGGCCAGAAUGUCCUGUCGCAGUACUCCAAGGCGGUGGAUUCGGCCCAUUCGUCCGUUCGCGUGCACAACUCCCGGUUGACCAACGACGGGUACGCGUACGCCCCACACUACGCCGCCGCCGCCGCCUAUCCAGCUGCUCACAUUGCCGCCCCAGCCAUCCGUUACGCCGCCCCAGCUAUCGCCCACGCCGGAGUGCACUACGCCGCCCCAGCCGUGCACUACCCAGCCGCUCCAGUCGUUAAGGCCGCCUACCCAGCCUACGGACAUGCUGCCUAUCCAGCCGCCUAUGGACACGCCGCCUACGGACAUGCCGCUUACCCAGCUGCCUACGCUCAUGGUGCCUACGCCCAUGGUGCCUACGGACACCCACUGGUUCGCCCAGCCAUCGCCGCCCCUCUGGCCUACAAGGCUCCAAUCGCCGCUGCCCCAAUUGCCGCCGCCCACCCAGGAGCCGUCGUAUCGUUCGCUGGUCUUGGUGCCCAUUACGCUUGGUAAUCGAUUUCAGCUGCCACGAAGAUAGUCACUGCCAACACCACCACCCCCAUCACCGAAUAACCACUGCACAACGAACACACAGUCAAGGAAACGCGAACUUACCUUACUAGGAAACUACUUGCUAUUAAUUUGUACAUACAGAGUUAGAGGUACUGCCCAACGCAGACGAGGCUAGGUUAAGCAUGGAAUAACCACACGAAACGGACUGAGAUUUUCCACCGAAUCCGGGGAAAAUCCUCUAUACUUUAGAGUUCACAUAGGAAACUACUUGUCUUCCUUCUUCGCCGCCACCUGCGAUCCUUUCCUUUCUACUGCACCGAAGUUCCAUUUGAAACAAAGCAGCCAAGCUGCCGAACGAGUGGAAAAGCAGUGCACUUUCUCCUCCUUCACGAAAGAAAGGUUGUAAAUAUUUAUUUAUACCCCCCGAACCUGUUCUGUCCAACACUCAGCUCUUCCAUUGUUUCAUACUUCAUGAACACACCACCGCGGAGUAGAAAUAAGUCCACAAUGAAAAAACAUGAAAAUGCUAUAAAUAUAAA